AUGAAUAUAAGAAACCAAUCAAUGGAAAUACAGUUCAUUCUUUUUGGACUGACUGAUGAUCCUCUGCUGCAAACUUUAAUUUUCAUAUUUCUCUUUCUCAACUACAUUUUGAGCCUUACGGGGAACUUAAUCAUCAUCAUCCUCACCCUGCUGGAUCCUCGCCUCAAGACUCCAAUGUAUUUCUUCCUCCGAAAUUUCUCCUUCUUGGAAAUCUCAUUGACAACAGUCUGCAUUCCUAGAUUCCUGACAACCAUUGUGACUAAAAACAAAAUCAUUUCCUACAAUAGUUGUGCAUCUCAAUUGUUCUUCUUUCUCUUACUAGGAAUUACAGAGUUUUACCUUCUGGCUGCCUUGUCUUAUGACCGCUAUGUUGCCAUUUGCACACCUCUCCAUUACCACAUCAUUAUGAGCAGCAAAGUGUGCUACCAACUUGUGCUCAGUUCAUGGACAACUGGGUUUCUGAUUAUCUUCCCACCACUGGUCAUGGGACUGAAACUGGAAUUUUGUGCUUCGAGGGUGAUUGAUCAUUUUAUGUAUGACAGUUCUCCUAUCUUGCAGAUUUCUUGCACAGACACUCGCUUGCUAGAAUUAAUUUCCUUUGUGUCGGCAGUUGUAACACUUAUGGCCACAUUACUGUUAGUAAUUCUUUCCUAUACAUAUAUAAUCAAGACCAUUCUAAAAAUUCCCUCUGUUCAGAAAAGAACAAAAGCUUUUUCUACUUGUUCUUCCCACAUGAUUGUAGUCUCUCUUACUUAUGGUAGCUGUGUCUUUAUUUACAUGAAGCCAUCAGCAAAAGACAGGAUGGCUUUAUCCAAGAGUGCAGCUGUUAUCUAUACCUCAGUUGCCCCUUUACUAAAUCCCUUUAUUUAUAGUCUAAAGAACCAGCAAGUGAAACAAGCUUUCAAGGAUACACUCGAAAAGAUUUUUAAGAGAGAAGAAUGUGAGUUCAUGUGA